AUGAAAGAAAAUAACAGAAUUCCCUGUUGCAAGAAAACAGGGUCAGGAGAUGUCAAGUCAGACAUGUCCACCACUUAUUCCAGUUCAGUUUCUCUGAAUGAGAUCCUCUCAAAUCAGUCCCAAGAAAGCUUUCCACAACAGGAUAAUUCAUUGAGGAACAUAAGACAAGUGUCUGUCAAUACCAUAGAGUUCAUGGAUCCCCCUACCCCACAGAGAGCUGGAACCUUCCCCACCCCUGUGCCAAUUGCCAGCACCCCGGGAUCAGUCGAUUUCUUUGAAGCUAAGUCAGACAAGUUUGGAGGAAGACAGUCACCUUCCACAAACCAGACAAUUGCAAUUGCAUCUAGUAACAUUGCAGCAGCCAGUACAAAUGAUUCUUUUGCAAAGGCCAGGUUUCCAAUGCAACCUUACACUCCUCUGCAAAGACCAAAGAUCCACAACAAACUGCUUACACUUGAUGAUAAACAUGGGUAUGCUGUACCUGAACCUCCUAAGAUAAUUAGAGUCCCAGUCUAUGGCAAACUCAUGAGGUCCAGCAUUCCAAAAAUCCCAGACCCAGAGAUGCAGAGGAUCCUAGAUUCAACACUUCCUGGAGCCAAAAAAGCCCCAUUAAUGAAUGUUGCAGGAGUUGGAAAGCAACCAGUAAGGAAACCUGUGGCUAAACCUCAUCAACAAAAUUUGAUGAGCCAAAAACCCAUUUAUGAUGUAAAUAAAGCAAGGCAGAUGAACCGAUCUGUCACCUUCAGUGAACAAAUUCAAGUUAUUGAGUCUCAUCCAUCUAUCAAUCAGUCAAUGCUGAAUAAUGAUGUGAAAGAGACCAAAUUUGCAACCCCUCUUGGUCUUACUGACAGAAUUAAACUUCUUGAGGCCCAGGCAAAGGAAAAGAAAAAGAAGCAAUUCAAAGACUCAAGUUUUGAUUCAUACAAUGCUGCACCUGUUGUGAAUAAAGCUUUUGUGUGCACUGACCGGGAGCGUGAUAUCAAGAAACCUCUUGGUUUCACUGAGAGAAUCAAACUUCUGGAAGCUCAGGCAAAGGAAAAAGAAAAAAGGAAGCCACCAGAUGAAAUUCUAAAUGUUAACAAAGAAAACCGUUCUCCUCUUCAAUUCAAAAAUAUCUCUGCAGAGAAACUGUUGAAAAACUAUACUCCAAAGAAAGCAUUUGGAGCAUUUGAAGAAAACAUUAUCUUGAGUCCAAGAGUUCUGACACCUGAGACAGACAGGAAGCUGUUAAAUGAUGUGUUCUUCUCACCUGAGGACAUCUCUCCAAUAGGGGUGGUAUCUCCUACUCAUCUGGAGCCACUAUGCUCUAUUUCUGACAGUAGCCUUGUUGAAAGGAUCUUAACACCAACUGAAUUAUUGGCAACAUUGGAGUCCAAGACACGCCUGGAUGAAACAAAGAACACAGAACUCCAGUUGACAGAUGUUCAGCAAGCAGAUGAUCCGAAAGUUGACAUAUCUCCCAGUAACCAGUACAUGGAAACACAUAAGAACAAACAAACUGUCACCUCUUAUGCAGAAAAACCUGUCAUUAAGAAGGAUAUCCAGUCCUCAGAUAAUGUCAGACCAGUAAGUACCAUACCUGACUCUGCAAUAGAAGCACCAAAAGAUGCUUUAGCUGAUGUCUCAGUUGCCACAAAACCAAAGUUUUUGAAACCACAUGAUCAGCCUCUAGACAAUUUUGAGGUCACCAGUGACAUCUCUACUAUUGAAUGGAUGGAGACACCCAGAGACUUCCAAUCUGUAGCUAUAGUCCCAGUUGCUGAAAAAUCUGCCUUUAAGCUUGAGCAGAAGAUCUAUGCCUUUGUGGAGGAAACUUUGGUCAUUGAAACCACACCACCUGGCUCACCAUCAGUUAAAAAUGAAGGUCCACAACCCACAGCUAGCAAGGCAAUCAAAGAUACUACCAAAGAGAAAGUUAAAAAUAAAACAGCAGCAGGGGACACCUCUCACAAAAAGAAUAUGAAAAUGAAAGCUGAGAAAUCCACUGGUGAUAGAAAGAUGGCUUCAGCCUGGACCCAAAAGGAUGAGGUCUCGGAAUUCUUGGAUAAAUUUGCUCCAAAGAAGUAUGAUGCUGAUAUUGAAAAGCUGAGACUGGAAGCUAAAGACAGCAACAAGCUGAUGAUGAGAAUUCAGGAAGGAACAAGGCAAAGAAACCUGAAGGUGGAGGAGGGCCAGAAACAUCUGGAUGCAGUGAAGAAGUACCACCAGGAACUGACCAUACGGAAGAAUAUCCAGGUACAAAAGAUAAGCUCCAUGGAACAGGCUGCUAGAUCUGCUGGCUGUCCAGAACAAGCCCGGGCAGUUAUUCAACAGGAUAUCCAUUUAUACCAGAGGCUUGUUGAGCAGGAGGCAAUCGUUUGUCAUCAGAUCAAUAUGCUGGAGGCUGAGUUUGAUUCACUGAAGGCCAUGGCAGGUAUUCCAUCUAGAACAAAGCCAAAAAUCUUAAGACCAAAACCAGACCCGAUUGUUCCAAUUCUGGAUCUACCUAAACAGGAAGAAACUGGUUUACAUCGUGGUAAAGUACAAGGAAACAGGUUAUGCAGAAAAAUUCCGGCUGCUGUGAUGAAAGUUGAAAUGCCAUUUGACCAAGAAAGAGCAGCACUGUGCCAGGGAAAGCCAAAAGAAGUUUCCAUACCAGUGAUCUGUGGCCAGAAGGGGAUGGGACCCAAAACAAGUGAUGCUGCUGCACAAAGCAAUGCCAAACUCCGUGCCAAGAUGACAGGGGCUGCCCUCCUUCCUGAUAUGAAGAACAACAAGAUGAUAGCCAAAAAAGCUGGCCCUGAGUAUGCCAAUACCUUCAAAAAGCCAGGAAAGGUCAACAACAAACCCCCUAAAGUUCUGCCAGAUUUAGGCAAUGUCAAGAUGAACCUCUACAGGAGGAAUGACUAGAUGGCCUCAGAAUUCAUAACUACAAUUACUUUUGUUUUAUCCAGUUAUUUUUUUAUUAUGUUAAAUUGGCAGCAUUUCAAUACUUUAGGAAUCUUUUUUGAGGUUUUCUUUUUUUUUUUUUCUUUUUUUUUUUUGGAAUUUUCUAGGGGGACAUGAUUUUCAAAAGGUCUUUAAAUGGGUUUUGUAUCAAUUUUUUUAACCAAAGCAAUUUUUACCAUCAAUGUUUUUAAGCCAUUGGAAAGGUAUGUUGCAACUUGAGGGGAGGAAGAGGUAUGACAUAUCUGCUAUUUUGUAUGUAUAUAUUUUUAAUGUGUGCAAUAUUUCUGAUGUAUAAGCUGAUUUUUACCUCACCUUUACUACUGUGAAUACAUAUUUUCAUCUUUUUGUACUAGCUUGUAUAUAUAUUUAAAAUUCUAUUUAUAAACCUGCCUUAUGAAUAUGUUGAGAUCAAAUGCCACUGUAUUUGUAUACUCCAAGUAUUUUAAGUGCCAAAGAAAUUUCAAUUACUAGUAUCAGCUUGUGGUGAAAAUAGAUGCUAGAUAUUUAAUUUACCCAGAUUAUUUGUUUUCUCAAAUACUCACUGUGCUGAGUUAUGAUUUAUUUCUGAUAUGGUGCUAUCAUGGACAAUGUCAAACAUAUUGCUUUUUCCACACAAUUUUCUCAAAGUUUUUUAUAAUGUUGUUGUGUUUGAUUUCUGAUUUUUGUAUUCAUUUUUUUUAUAUCUUGAACUUUCUGCUUUAUAGAAUGAUUAUCAC